CUCUCUAUCUUUGGGAUGAGGGUGUUGAUAUUAAGACCCUCACCCUAGCCAUCUCUCUUCUUUUGUCUUCUCUUGGACACAGCACACAUCACAACUCUCUUCUAUUAAUCCUUUUUUCCUCUAUUCUUUUUUAAAAUAAGAUUGAUUUGAGAAACAUACAUUAUUGAUCCCGGAACAAUCCAUGACGAUAUUUUCUUUGUACCUCCCUAUUCUUCUUUCGCUUUCUCUUCCUCUUUCUUUUCUUCUUCAUACAUUCAAGAAGCAUUUCUAUUCUCUCUUCUUCCACGUUUUCAGCGCCUUCAAGAACAGUUUCAAGACUUCUAACCGAUCCUCUUCGCGAAUCUUGGCGCGGGCGAUCACCGAUCCUCCUCCUCCUCCUCCUCCUCCUCCUCCUCCUCCGCCGUCGAAAACCGUGGUUGUUGACGAAGAAACCGAUGGCAAUUGCAAGCGGACGUUCUGCACCGAGAGUCUAGGGUUUGAGAGCAUCGAGGAAACGCUAGUGGACGGUGAAGACAAAGAUCAAAAGAUAACGGAGAAGAUCGAAGAUCUUGAUGUUGAGGAUAAUAGGAAUGAUAAUAGAAGAGAGUUACUGAGGAAUUCGAAGGCGGCAGCGGCUGCUCCGUCAUUUCCUCCGCCGCUUUCUUCGUUGAACCAGAAGGGACAAGCAAGUUUCGCUCUUAUUCCGGUGAGGGAGAAUGGAAGGUUGCAACUCAACAAAGUGAGAAUCAAAAGACCUGAGAUUCUCUACGCUUCGAGAGAACACGGAAGGUUGAAGAUGUUUCUUGUUCCAGAUCAAUGCGACGACGAUCUCGAAGACGAAGAAGAAGAAGAAGAACCACAACAAGAAUUCAAAGUAGAAGAAGAAGAAGAUGAAUCGACAUCGUUAGUAUCAGAAGAAGAAGAAGAAGAAGAAGGAGAAGAUAGGGUUAUUGUUGGGGAUUGGAAGUUUAACAAUAACAAAAUUGAAGGGUUUAUGAGGUGUCAUCACCAAUUGGUGAAUCAAAGCCAAAAUAAUAAUCAUCAUAAUCAUCAUCAUCACAAUCUCAACAUGUAUGGAGUGAUCAGCAUUGCAUGAACGUGAUGGUGUGUUUUAUGUGAUUCUGAACUAUUAUUCUGCUGCGGAAAGUGUUGCUUUUGUCACAACAGAGACAAGACAGAGGCUCCGAUCCAAUAAUCCGUUUUUGUUGCACCGUAAGUGUACAUAACAAAACAUAACGGUGUCGUUUAGCCGAUAGCUACCAUUCUAAUUCUAGUGCACAAGAAGAAGAAGGAUCCAGGGAUAUCCUCUGUAGUAAAUUUUUUUUAUUCAUUGUUUUUAAAGUAAGGGGAAUAGAUCUCAAAGAGAGGGCGAGUAAAAUACAAAAGAGCGAGAGUGAGAGAGAUUCAGAGAUUAUUUAUUUAUUUAUUAUAUUCUUUUGGUGAGGAAUUUAAUUAAUUAUAUUAAGGCAUAUGCAUAUGAUUUCGUUCUAUAUACUAUUGUA